AUGGAAAGUGAACGAAUUGAAAAAAAUCAUCAAGAUGAAAAAGAUGAUAGUGGAAUUGAACAAGAUAAUAGUUUCAUUUACAUUCGAAUAUCAGUUGAAGAUCAUAAUCUUCAAAAAGUGUUAAAGUUCAAUUUCGAUGAUACAGUUUGGAGUGCAAAACAAAAAGUUUUACAAGUUCUUAUUCGAGAAUUAACGGAUCCAUUGAAUUUUGGUUUAUAUUUACCGCCUUGUAAUGGUCGUGCGGGAAAAUUUCUUGAUGAAUCUCGUUGUUUAAGAGAAUAUCCACUUAAUGGACCUGUCAGUUACUUAGAAUUCAAAUACAAACGUCGUGUUUAUAAAUCAAUUCAUCUCGCUCAAAAGAAUAUCAAUUUGAAAGUUAAUCUGAAGAAAUUCAUCGAAUCAGUGAAAAAUAAUCAAAUUUCGAAAGUAUCGAGAUAUUUAGAGAAAGGUUUCGAUCCGAAUUUUCACAUUUCUGAUGAUGAAACUCCAUUGUCUAUAGCGUGUGUUGAUCUUCUGGAACCUCGAUCAAUGAUAUUAACUUUAGUUAAUGGUGGUGCACAUUUAGAUUUUCGUAUUCGUAAUGGAGGUUUGACAUCUCUUCAUAAAUCUGCGAUUUGUAAUCGAAAAGAAGCAAUUGUUACUUUACUCGAACUUGGUGCAUCUCCAAAUGUUUAUGAUGAAAAGAAUUUAACUCCUUUAUAUUACACAAUCUUAAAUAAACAAAUUGAAACAAAUAAUGAUUCGUCAUAUUGUUGUUUAUUGUUAUUACAAGAUCAUUCGAUAUUAAAUUGUCGGGAUGAUAAUUCAUCGACAGAAUUGCAUCAAGCUUGUCGAUUUGGACUUAUUCAACAUGUUGAACAUUUACUUUUCUUUCGUGCAGAUAUAAAUGCAAUAAAUCAUGGAGGAAAUACUCCUUUACAUAUCUGUGCAGCGACCAAUCAGGAAGUUUGUGCUCGUAUUCUUCUCUAUCGUGGUGCAGAUAUAACUAUUGUGAAUAAAUCGAAUCAAACACCUUAUGAACUUGCAUUGAUCUCUGAAAAUCAUUCAAUUGCAUUAUUAAUUCAAUCACAUAAAUCAGAGCACGUUGUUCCAUUUUGUGAAAUACCUUUAAUUAAUCCAAAACGUCGUUCAAUUUAUCUUGAACAUCAACGAAAUAAACAUCGAACACGUUCUUCAUCAAAUACAACACCAUCAACAUCUUCUUUAGCUAGUCGAUCUCAAAGUAUGCCGAAAUUCUUAACAAAUAAUUCGACAAUACGACAAAGUCAAUCACCAACUAUUGAACAUUAUUUUCAACAACAAAAUCCAUCGAGUCGAUCAUCAUCACCAAAAUCUUUCAGUGAUCAAGGUUUAGGAAGCGAAUGUACUUCACAUUUCUCAUCAAAUUCACCGAAUGUAACAAGUGGAGAUUAUACGUAUAAGAGAAAAAGAUUGUACACAGCUUCGCCUGGAAGAAAAUGUAUGUGUAUUAAAUCUUAUCGGACAAAUUUACCAGGAGAAUUAUUAAUGAAUAAAGGAGAUAUUGUUGAAAUUUUAAGUGUAGGAGAAAAUGGAUUUUUGGAAGGUAAAUGCAAAGAUUUAGAAGGAUGGUUUCCAAGUGAUCAUGUACAAGAUAUUUCAAUUUUUAAAACUGGUGAAGUGAUUCAUAAUGAUCAAAUUGUUAUUAGUCGUGAUACUUUAUCAGCUUUAAUGAUCAAUAAUGAUAGUUACAGUCCACGAACAAUUGUUUUACAAAGAGGAAAGAAAGGCUUUGGAUUUGUUUUACGUGGAUCUCGAGUCGCUGGAAAAUUAUUUCAACCAACUCCAUCCUUUCCUGCUUUACAAUUUCUUGAUAGUAUCGAAAAAGGAAGUAAUGCCGAUAAAGCUGGUCUAAAACAAAAUGAUUAUGUUCUCGAAAUCAAUGAUAUCAAUGUUAUUUCAAUGCCUCAUGAAGAAUGUGUAAAUUUAAUUAAACGAGCAGGUGAUACAUUAGCUUUAAAAGUCAUAACCGCGAAUCCAAUUCCAAUCGUUCAUUCUCAUUAUCAACAUAUUGAAUCACAUUUUCAUCAACAACAAAUCGCUUCUCAAUCAUUACCACAUCGAAGAAAAGCACCACUUCGACCAGGCCUUGAACAACAAUUCACUGAAGAUCUUGAUCGAACAUUGAAUGAAUAUGAAUACGGAACGAUCAAUGUUUCUUCAAUUCAAACUCACGAAGAUUAUUUAACAAUGUCGAAAUCAAUCAAUGAAAAUUCACCAAAAAUAAAACCUUUAGUUCCUGAACGUGAUUCUUCACUUUAUGAAUCAUUUCCUUCUUCUCGAACAUUAAAUCGUCAAUCUCCGUCAUCAUCAAACGUUCGUUGUAAUUCUAAUUCAUCAUCAAAUGAAGCUGAUGAAGAAUCUUCAUUAUCUUCAUUGAACAGUAAUCAUCAUCCAUCAAAAACUGAUGAAUCAAAUUCAAAUAUCUAUAUGAGUCCAUCUACAACAAAUAUGUCAACAUUCAAAAUAACAAAUUCGAAACCAAAUGAAGUAAAAAAACGAUCGAAUAAUCGAAAACAAACCUAUGCAACGUUGAAUUCCAAUAAUAAUAAUAAUUCUAAUAAUCUUUCUGAGAAUGAAAUUCUUUCUAUUCCACCACCUCCUCCAUUACCAGACAAUUUCGAUUUAUCGAAGAAAACUGAAAUAAAUCCUUUAAGAAAAUCUUCUUCUGAUUUUCAAAAUCAACUCGAAGAAGCAAAGAUUCGUUUAAACAAAUGUUCCUCUUUAAAGAAAACAACAAUGAAAUCCUCCUCAAACGAUUCAACUAAGACUUCUUCACUUCAUCGAACUGAAUUAAAAGAUAUCAUCAUUGAAGAUUUAUCUCCAUCAAAUGCAUUUCCACCUCCACCAUCUCCAACGACACUUCAACGUUCAAUUGCAUCGUUAACUCCACCUUCGACUUCAUCUGUAGUAGAUCCAAGAUUAGAUGUGAAUUUUUCAGCUGUUAUUGCUCAACGAGCAGCAGAAGCCAAAGCACGUCGAUGUGAAAAUCCAAUCGAAUUUGAGUUCAAAUCGAAUGGUUUACCACCAUCAACAACAUUUUUCAACAAUUGUUUAAUUAUCAUCAUCGUUAUCGAAAUUAAAUUAUUUUUAUAUGCUGUGCGUCCACAACGUUUCAGUACAGCAGCUCAUCAAUUACUUGAAAAUUUGAAGCGUCGUGGUGGAAGUACAAAUUCAUCAACAAUUGGAUCUUUUGUAAAACAAUGUAAUGAACAAACAUCGACAUAA